AUGUUGCAGGACGUGCUCGACCUCGGUCCCGCGAGGCUCUUCGGCCUCGCUAGACUCCUUUUGAGCGUCCAGGUUUUGGUCGGCAUGGUCGGGUGUCUAGCCUUCGUGUACGGCACGAUACAUCCCGGUCAGGUGGCGUGCGCGCUGUUUGGCAUCGUCGCCGUGGACCUCCGCCACGGACCGAUGCUCCGCACCUACGCGUCCCUGCUCGUCUUCCUCGUCGCGCUGGACGUCACCUGGCACGAGUUCUGGGCCGAGCGGCUCAUGCGAAACUACACGGGCGUCAGGGAAGACGCCGAGAUGUGGUGGGGCGUGAUGGUCGCCAACACGAACAAGAUCUGCGGAUUCGCGAUGGAGAUGGCUGGGGCGAUCACCCGCGGGGUGUCGCUGUUGAUAUGGGGCGUUCUGUGGUACGGCGACCACCUCUCGGGCGUGGCUCCUAUUAUGGCUGGCGGAGGCGGGGGCUACGCCUCCAUCCCGGAGAGCAAGUGGUAGAGGCGCGGCGCUCGGGAAGAGUCUGCACCAAGACUCGUCGCGCCGCGACGCCGUCGUAUCAUGACAAUUCGUAACGAUUCGUAGUAGACUAACGUUUCU